CCCUCCCACCGCGGCGCGGCGGGGCGGGGCGGACGGCUGGGCGGGGCGGUUGGGCGCCGGCCGGUACCUGAGGGCGCAGAGCGGCGCGGCCCCGCUGGGGGAGGGGACUGCUCCGGCGCGGCCCGGCCCGGCGAGCCUCCUGUAACAUCAUGUUCUGUCGAAUGUACUUUGACACACAAUGAAACGUAGGCGACUUCAGCCUUUAACUCUGAGUUGGAGGAAAUCGAGCUGUUUAUCUUCAGUUAAAGAAAGAAAAAGUGAAUGGGAACUUUGUGCUUUAGCAGAGUGUUAGUGUCCAGGCCAGACAACAAAUUAAGAUUCAAGCACCCUGUAAGGACCAAUGCACCCAAUAGCUCAUGGAAGAAAAAAAUCAAAUCAGGACAUCCUUGGUUUCCAGGCUUCCUAAGUAUGGAACAAAAACUUUAGGAAGUGUCUUGCAACCUAUGCCAAAUGGGACAGCUGUCAGUUUAUCAGGGAAUAAUGGUGACAAAAAUUUCAGCAGGCACAAUGGCACUGUUCACAUGUCUUCCUUUUCUUUCAACUGGAGGAAAUCUAAUAAAUAUCAGCUUUGUGAUCAAAAUGGGCGAGAGUCCAACUCUAACCAUAACUGUAAUGAAAAACUAGUUGAUUCUGAGAAGUAUCCCCAAUCGCAAGGAGCAUUGGGUAAGGAUGUGCUCAGGGUGGGUUUGAACAACACUGCUUCAGUUGCAUCAAAAACAGCAAAGAAAACCAAUAUGUUUGUAUCUUCUACUGAGGAAUUAAACCCAAAGUCUUUGCCUGGACUCUCUAGUUCAGCAAAAUUCGCCAAAGGUACUCUGUCAGGCAGGACCUCAUAUUCUGGACUCAGUGCUCCGAAAUCACAUUUAAAUGGAUUUUAUGGAAAUAGGCCAAUGGUAGGUUUGCAGAGAUCUAGAGCUAAUUCCAGUGCCACAAGGACAAGUUCAGGAGAAAGCUUGGCACAAUCUACAGACAAUAGCAAGACGUUUUCCUGUGAAAAAAUGGUGAGAUCACAAAGCUUUUCACAUUCCAUGCCGAAUUCUUUCCUUCCCACUGCAUCUUUAACCAGGUCACAUUCCUUUAAUAAAGCUGUGGAUCUUACAAAGCCUUAUCAAAAUCAAAAUCUAGCUGUUAGGACAUCUCAGAGGUCAACUCUGUUGUCAAGAAAUGCGCGACAAUUGGAUGUACCCAAUGGAAAUGAACCUGCAAAGUAUGGGUUUACCAGACCCUAUGCUGGUGUAUCGGCUUCUUGUUCAAAGAAGCCCCCACUCUCAAAUAUAUCUGGGUCAGCACCUUCUUUUGGAUACAGAUUAAGUCGUCCUUCUUUGCUGAAGCCCACUAGACAGCGAUUUGCUGGAAAUAUCGUUGUGGAUGACAGCAGAAAUACAACUCCUGACACAUGCGUAGUGGAGAACUCUGAAAUUUCAACAAAUAUUAACAGAGCAAUUGAGAAGAACAGCAUUAUAGAGAGUGAGACUCGAAGAACAGAAUCUGGUGAGGCUCUCCAUGACAGCAUAGGAAAACAUGGGUCAAAAGUCAUGUGUAUGAGUGAUGAUGGAGAUGAAAUAUCUAUAUCUUCCUUGUCAUCCUCUGAAAAAAAUGAUUUGAGUGAAGAUUUCAGUGACGAUUUUAUAGAUCUAGAAGACCCAAAUAGAACAAUACAAAUACAGCAGAAGGAGGGCAGUGUUCAAGAACUGGAGCAUGGAAACAUAACACCGAUAGAGCCAUUCACUUCUCUCAAGGAAAGUGGAGGAUCUCACUGUAACACUGAUGACUGGCUUGAUAUACAUGUGUCUGCAGAUGACAACAGUGAAAGCACAAAGCAAACUACUGAGAACAUGAUUUCUCCAGACAUGAAUUACAGAGCUGGCUCCUCUUUUGAGCUUUCUCCGUCUGAUAGUUCAGAUGGCACAUACAUGUGGGAUGAAGAAGGGUUGGAACCUAUUGGAAGUGUCCAUCCAUGUGGAAGUUACGAGUCUUCAGAAAUGAACAGCAUCGAUAUCUUGAAUAAUCUUGAUUCAUGUGAUCUUGAUGAUGAUGAUCUCAUGCUUGAUGUGGACCUACCUGAGGACCCACCUCAUGACAAUGAGGAAUGUGAAAAUAUGAGCCGUUAUGACAGGCAAGACAGAAAUGCUAGGCAACAUCCGGAAGGAUUCUGGAAAAGACCACCACAACAGCGAUGGAAUACACAGGAUCACUAUCAUCUUGGCAAUACUGAUCACUAUAUGCAUGAUAAAAAUGAUUUGAACAGGGGAUCAAACUACCUGGAGUCUCCCAUUGGUCACUUUGAAAGUUUCGGAGCACCAAACUUUUACCAGGCUCCUAGACAGCUGGUGGGCUUACCGGAGAAUACUGUGAUGCUUGAUGAAAUGACACUUCGGCACAUGGUCCAAGACUGUACAGCUGUAAAAACUCAGUUAUUGAAACUGAAAAGAUUACUGCACCAGAAUGAUGAAAAUGUGUCACUCCAGGACAUCCCACUCUCGAUUCCAUCAAGUCCAGAACCACAAGAAGCUGAAUCUACUUUUAAGACAGAAGAUUUGCUAAAUGAGAUCAGACAGCUUAAAGACGAACUGAAGAAAAAGGAUGAAACAAUCAACCGAUUAGAGCAUCAACUUGCCACUAGGUGCAACUGCCAGAAAGACAAUGAAAAACUUACAGGGGCAACAUGCUUGCAUGCUGACAAAUUUACGCAAACCUCGUGGAGGAGGAGUUCUCCUCAAGUACUACAGCCUUCCAGCAACCUUCCCAGUUCCACAGACCUCGCCCAGGGAAAACUAAUAAAAAUGCCACAUACCGAGGCCCACAGUGAAUAUCCUAAACACGGUCUGCAUGAAAAUGGCAAUCAUAAGAAUCAAAAUGCUGCAAAUGCAUCUCUCACAAAUAGUCUGAAUGAACUGAACACACUAAUGAGUAUACAGUUAAACAUAAAAGAUGAGAAUGCAUCAUAUUUGGAAAAUUUGAAAAACGAAAAUGCUGAAGACCCUGGGGAGCUGGCUAGUAUUAAAGAAGGUAUAUUACAGUCUCGUUCCUUUUAUCCGACAUCUACACGAGCUGAUAUUAGAGAGGUGCAGACUGAGCUAGCUGUGAAAGGUCAGCCCUCAUUCACAAACCAGGCUUCUUGGCCAAAGACUUUAGGAAUUGUAAAGCCCCCAAAUGCUUUAGUGCCUCCGACAGUGGCCGCGCUCACACGAUCUGCAAAUCAUUCUGCUGCUUCCAAGGAGCCUGAGCUUCUGCCAUCAAGUAGUCCGACUCGGCUAGAGCCGACAUCUGGUCAGACUAACCUAAAGGGUAAACAGAGCCAGAAAGUAUCUAAACUUCGCCCACCAACUAUGUCCUUUGUUAAAUCUAAACAAACAAGCAGUCAGAAAUCCACACUGGUAUCUCCAGAGCCUCAAAACACUUGUUCAAAGACUAACAUCCCAAAGCCACCAGUGCAAAGAAAGGAAAAUGUGCAUAUACAGAGUACUGGUUUGCAUUCUGGGGAUAGCUUGCCCUCUAAUCGGCAUUCCCGCCUCCCUAAACCAAAGACACAUUGAGAACGUGUGUACACAUCUCACUGAAUGAUGCCAUACAUUAAUUUAAUUCCCAUGUAUUGAAUGCCUUUGUUGAGGCUGCUUUAUCUACAUCCUGCAAAUCCUGAGUGAAUAUUAAAAAUAGGCUCUUACUUUAGUGUUUUCAUAUUCAUUCUGUUGUGUUCUGAAGUUCAUGUUAUCAUCUGUGCAGCUUCUCUUGAGAGUGUUCAAGUAUAUUGUAAGUCUGCAUUAAUAAUUGUGUUGCCCAUUGAUCAUCUUAAUAAUUAAGCAAAAACUCAAAUCUGUGGUGACCGCAAAAAACAGAAUGCUGCACUAGGUAUUUCAGGAAGGCAGAAAUCUGUUAUUUUGAGUUAUUAGACAAUGAAAUUACUAUUCAGUCUAACUUUUUGGUUCUGACUGCUAGUUAGGUUAGAGUGGUGGAAAAUUAGACUUAGUAGCAGAUGUUUUAUUGGCCAUAAUUCUGACUCUGUGUUCCAGAGGCCUAUGCAAAAUCCUUGUAUUUAUCAUUAUCUGAAGACUGACAUAUUUAAUGUUAUUUAAUCUGAUGGGUUGGGGAGUUUUUUGUUUGUUUUGCUGUAAUCUGAAGUUGCUCUGUUUUUUAUUUAUCCCAUUUUCACUGUUCACAGACAGUACGCAGAUUUCACAGGGUGAAACGAAUCUUAUCUCUUAGAUAUCAUCAUUUGUUGUGACAUUGUGGUAUGCUUUUAUUGUGUUGAAUAGACACGUUAUCGGGUAAAUUUUUGAAAUGCAGUGCUAGGGAUACUUGUGCAAAACCUGCCAAUACAGGCUCUUGUGAAUUGGUAAGUAAAGAGCCUCUGGGAAUAAGGGGUCCAUAACACCUAUGUUGAGGUUGCACAACAUGCAUUUUAAUUAAUAUUUUUAACUUUUAUUGUGCUACUUGUAUUUAUUGAUUUCUGUUUAUUAUUGAAAGACUCUGAAGUACCUGACUUGAAAUGUUUGCACAAAAUUUUGCCAUAUAUGUAAGAAUGUGGAACUAUUUUACAUAAUAAAACUUGAUUUAAAAAAGCAUCUACUAAAAAAAAAAUAAUGCCACCUAUUUGCUUUGAGCAAUCCUAUUAUGUCCUAAUCAGAGCUGGUACUCUAAGAGUUUUUCAGAGAUGUGUAUUUUGUUUUGGGUUGUUUUCUUUUCUUCUUCUUUUUUUUUUUUUUUUUUUUUUUUUUUUUUUUUUUUUUGUAAUUUCUAAAGAAGUGCAUAAUAAUAACUGGGAAGGAGCUUUUUGGGGAAAAUAAAACAACAAAACAAUCUGUCUGCUCUCUAGGAAAGCAUUUUUUUUCUGAAAGUGGUCUGGAAAUAUUUGCCCAUCAUGGUGCAACUAUGGGACCAUGAUGCACAUGCUGUGGGCUGAAUAUAUGCAUAUCCAGUGAAGUGUGCUAAAAACUUGUCCUUCUGUCCCAUCUCCCAUUUUCCCCCUCUUCCCCAUCACUGUCUCUUGGAUUUUACUUUUUUUCUCAAAUUCUUAAAUGGGUUUUAAAAUUAUCAGCAUAAGCCUGUUGCAAUUACUUUACUCAAAAUCUGUUCCUGAACAGCACAUAAUGACAGAAAACUGAAAGUUUGUUUUAGGCUUUGGCUGUAUGAUGCUGACAUGUUACAGUAUAUUCUUUGAGAUAAUAAAGUGAAUAGGUAUAGACAUUUCGUAAGUACGUUCAGUAAUCAACUCUUGUAAUAUAAACCCUUUAACUGGGAAUAGAUACCCUGGCUGGAGGAGAGAAGGAAGAAAAUCAUUGGAGUUGUAUUUCUCAAUGCGUAAUUAAUGUCCAAGAAAUUUCAGAUUUCUCACUGUUAGGUUCUUUCACCUGACAAUGAGGUGGAAAAUUAAAAGCUUGGGGGAAAAGGGGGUGGGGUGGGGGGGGGGGCAGAUUGUUUGUUUCAGAAGUGGCUAUAUGAUUCUGAAGACCUGCAGGACUUUGUUAAGUAUUUGGGGGGGAGGGAGGGAGUUAAGCAAGAAAUAACAAGAGCAGCAUUAAUUGUUGCAGUUGCUAAAAGAUCAAAAUAAGUAUAACUUGAGAUUAUUGUUAGAAUUAUUCUCCAGGAAAAUUUCUUUCCUUGGAAAGCACGGAAUCAGAUGGCCUUUGUCCAGAAUCAGAGUAGAUGUUUACUUUUGAUAAGAAAAUAAAACUGACUUUUUAUAUUCCCCAAAAUUAGCUCUUGGCAGCUGACUAUAUUUCUCAAGAGUGUAAAAACUGCUGAGGGAAUGAUCAGAUUCCUGGUUCAUUUUCAGGUCCAUAUAUUUCUAUGGAAGUUUUUUUGUUUUUUAAAGUUUAUUUUCCUUGAAGGGAAGCUGAUUUUAUUUUUAAUUCUAUAUGAUUUUGUGCAGGAAGUUUAUUGUCACUUCAAAGAAUGUUAUUGACAGCGAUGUUUCACCAUGAGUCAUGUUGCUUCUUCUCAUUCUGGAGGCUUCAUUAGUCUGAUUUAGAGAUUUUAACUUUUAUGUUUAAAGUAUAGAUAUCUACCUAUCUGCACCUUUACUGACAGUUUAGGAAUGAAGCAAAGAGACUAUCAGGGUUUUCAUAAAACAGAAGAUGACUUUUUUUUUUCCCCAGAAGAACAAAAAUGUAUUUAUUCUGUGGGUGGUUUUAUACAGUUAAGCCUAAAUAGAUUAUAUUCGUUGGUGUGAAUAUGUAGUGUUUCCCCAUUUCGCUGUGAGAGAUUACUAAGAAAUUGGGCAGAAGAUAGCAGGAUCGAUCAUAGAUGAGGGAGAUGCUAGGCUGAAUUGUGUUUGCAUUCAGCUGCUAAACUGGCAUCGCUCUAAACACAACGGUGUAUUUUGGCUCUUCUGCUUUGCCAGGGAAGGUUCUGUUGCACGUACAGUAAGUCCAGAGUAUGAGUAAAGCUUGUCAGCAGAUGAGCAACUGGAAGAGAAGCAGUGAAGGGAAAUUUGAAGCCUUACUUCAGUGAAGGAGGGUGGAGAGAGGGAUAAGAGGGUGCUGUGUAGAGCAUGUCAAAUGGGAUUAAGUAAGUAUCUUCUGGUAAUGUAUCUACCUUAUUUAAGGUGCAGGUAUAUCAUCAGUACUGGUGCAGAUUAUCCUAAAUGCAUAAAUUAAAGGGUUUGAUAUCUUCAGAUUUUUUUUAGGGUUCUAAAACUGGUUUAUUGCAGAUUUUUUAUGCUUUUGGUGUCUCAUUCUUUUGUGCAAUAUUCACAAAAGUAUUAAACUACUGUUCAGUAUGUGUGUACAGAGGCAAUUAUGUAUUUUAACAAGUGAAUAAACACAAAAGAAGAAAAACAGAAUUGCACUUUAAAUGAGCUUUAUUGCUUGGAGUUGUGCCUAAAUAAUCUAGAUGCCUCCUGUUGUGUGUGUGGCUUUUGUUUGAAACUAAUUACCCUGCUAGUAUUGCUGUUUCCAAGAUACCUUCACAUCACUUUCACAGAGUUAAUAUACACUCUAGCAUGUUUAAAAAUAUUCAUAUAGUGUACUGAAUUUUUGUUGUGCAAUGACUUUAAUUUAACCGUGGAAUUUUAGCACUGAUGAUGCAGCCAGAAGAUUACCUUCCCCUUCGCUGAAACCGGCACUUCGUAGUUCUGGUCAAAGCCAAUGGCAAAACUUUCAUAGGACUAGCGUGGUCCUUAAAGAAUAAUGUUCCUAGCGUACGUUUUGCUUCUGUUCGAGAAAAGUGCAAUACUAACUCCUAGACUUUCUUGAAAUAAUUAUAAAGGCCCUGAAAAAUCAAAAACUGCACUGAGUUUUCUAUCUAGUUCAAAAAAAGUGGUUCUUGAACUUUAAAUCUCAUAGCAGUGAGAUUAGACAUAGCAACUAGACUGCAUCGUAGGUCAGUAAAAUUAAUUUCAUCUUUGAUCUAAAUGCUGAUUUGUUGUAAUGAUGCUAGAAAAUUGAAUACCAUUUGUGCGAUUUACUUUGUUUGCAUGUCACAACCAUAUGCACAUUCUACAGUGUCCAUACUCUGGUAGGUUGCAUGUCUUGGGAGGGUGGGAUGGGAGAGAAUUAUUUUCGUUUUUGCACAGCACACAGUCCUGUUAAUGUGGACACUUUCUUGCCAUACACAUGGAAAUCCACUCUAGAACUGGGCUUCCGUAGCUAUUCUUUCUUGUUUAUAGUGGCUUUUCCUGAGCAGAGUGGACUUAAUACUUGAUCCUGGUGGUAGGUCUCAGUUUUAUAGUAAUCUUACAACUAUGCUAUCAAGGAAAUUCAGUCACUGUUGUGGUAAAGCUGCUCACUGCCUACUUAACUGUAAAAGCACCACAAUAAAAACAAUAUAAUUCCAGUGUCAGUGAAGUCUUAAAAUUCAGUACUAGCUUAAAAAAAAAAAAAAGUACCCUUAGUUAUCUGCAUUGUUGUUUUUUCUUGUUUUUUAAAACCAGGCCAGAGUAAAUACUGUAUAUUGGAACUUGCUUGUAAAGUUGAUUUAAAAACCUGUAUGUAAAAAAAUUCUUUCUUCAAUGUUGCUCUAGUGAAUAAAAAUAAAAGUAACAAUUCUAAUAAGUA